AUGACUUGCCACUGGGCCGUCACAACUUCGUGUUCGCACUUCGAAUCUCUACGACAAGUCAACAACAAAAGAAAUUUCAGGAGAACAGCAACUGUAGAAAAAAAUUUUCACUUACUACUUGAAGCCAUGAGUGAUAUGUAUCUAGCAGUGAAAAAUGAUCAAUGGAGGAUUCGAGUGGGAAAGAUUAUCGACUCAAACAGCUUUGGUAAGGUUCAUGAAGCUUACUGGUGCGGUCCCGUUGCCGUCAAGGCACUAAAAAACGACGACAGAGAUUCCGACGCGCAGAAACGUGCAUUUCAAAACGAAAUGGAAAUUUUGAAAAGGCUUCGUCACCCAAACAUACUGCUGUACUAUGGCCAGGAAACAAAACCUACAAGAGCCAUCGUGAUCGAGAUGUACGACUUUUCCCUCAAUGAUUACUUGUACAAUUCCAAAUUUAAGUUCGAUAUAACAAAGCGCGUCGACAUCGGACGACAGAUUGCCAGGGGCAUGUCCUAUAUUCAUUCACACAAAAUAAUUCACUGCAAUUUAAAAAGUUUAAGCAUUUUUCUGCUUAAUAAUCUUACCGUGAAAAUAGGCAAUUUUGGCCUAGCUCUGAAGAAUUUAUCAGAGCAGCACAGCCAACGAUGCGGCACAGAACGGUGGAUGGCGCCGGAGAUUGCCAGAAUGGAUCAAAAUCCAUACACCUUCCUGUCGGACGUUUACGCAUUUGGCGCCGUGCUGUUCGAACUGAUGGCCGGAGAGCUGCCUCAUUCCAACUUUAUUAACGUGGAAAUGAUUAUGCGCAAUGUUGGUCGAGGACACUUAAGCCUUGAUCUCACCAAAUUGCAUUCAGAUACACCUCAGAUGCUGCGUGAACUGAUCCAUGACUGCAUCAACUUCUACAGCUAUAAAAGACCGUUUUUUUCCGAUAUCUUGGAAAAAAUUGAGGCACGGGCGGAAAUCUCACUGUCAAUCUAUGAACCUACUAUGUAUCUUUAUAUUGUCGACGAGCAGUCGAGUGUCCCGACAGUACAUCAAGCUGUGUGCUCAAGAAGCGAAGAGAGCUGUUCAUUUUACUCGACCCUUGCGUCUUCCACCAAUCCAUUGCAACCGGGCACGUACUCCAGCACGCCUAUUGAUGGAAAGCAAAUGAAUGAGGUGUCUAAGAAGAAGUGUAAUGCUCUGGUAAAGAAAAAAGUCCGCUUCGCCGACGAUACUGCCGAAGUAACGAAGCACAAUCAGUCGGAGGACAAUUGCCACUCUGAAAUGAAGGACAUUUCCGAAAGGAAAGAGGCAAUCCAAUUAGAGACGGCCGAUGCCAUCAAGAAACUGAGUGCUCAAAUAAGCGAGUUGAUAAAAUUGCAAAUAACUGUAGCCAAUUCCUUAAAAGACUUAAUCAAGGUACAAUACGAUACCCAAAGAAAAUUUGAUGCCUUGAGCAACACCCUGACCACCUUACUGUUGGAAGACAGACAGCGUCGUGAGGAGCCGGAUUCAUCUAGAAUUCCGAAAAAUAAGAUCGAACCGACUGGAUUGGAAACUUCCGAGAAAUUUUUAGAGAAAAAUGCACCUGCUGCUCACUCAUCUCAACCGGUUGAUGUAACCGAGAUUAAACGUCACAGGUGCACAAAGAAGGGCCACUACCGUUCUGACAGCCCUCUCAAAGCUUUUGACUUAUCAUUUUGCUACCCUUGGAAAAUGUGGCUAGGCAAACUUCGGAACAAUGCCCAAAUACCAACAAACACAGUAAAAUUGGAUGCUCUUCCAGAAUCUGGCGUUGGAAAGAAAAUAAUAGUUAAAGUUGAAGCUUCAAAUGCAGAAAUACUGAGCACUGAUGUGUCAUCUUUGAAUCAAUGA